AGGUACAACAAGAGCUCAACGAAGCUCUAAUUGAAUCGGAGAAGAAUGCAAACUUGCUGGAGGAGUACCACGAAUUGUAUGAACUCCAGAGAAAACGCUUGGAGAUAUUCGUUCGCACGUUGACGGAAGAACGAGAUCUGUGGGGCAGUGCAUCGUAUAUACUGGCUUUGAAAGUCACUGAUCAUCAUAAAUUGAAUGUUGCCAAACGAUUGCAUUUGCAUGAGAGAGCUUGGUCCAAAUUAGCAAGACAUUUUAGUCUUAGCCUCAGUCAAAAGGAUAGCGAGCAGGUUAGAAUCGGGUGUAGCUUCAUUUUUUUAGCAAUUUGUCCUCAAUGAAAGUGCUAGUAUAAGCUUUGAACUCGGUCAUGUUUGAGCUGCGUCUUUCUCAAUUCAGCACUUAGAUCAUACUGAUCUUCGCCACACGUUAUUGACAGAAAAAAAGUUGGAAAAGUGUUUACUUUGCGGUAAACUUAUCAUUUAUAAAAAAAAAUAGUUUCAUAUUAUUCUGAUACUGCAGAGUUCAACGAAAAAUAUUUGUCUCGAGCGGAACAGAAUAAUAUGAAAGCAGUUUUUUAUAUCUCUGAGGAUGGUUCUAAAAUAGAAUUCUCAGUUAAAGUAACGUUGAGGUAUGCUUGCUCUGUAGCUUCAAGAUGUCGUGACAAACUUUCAAUCUUGGAAAGAUCUAGCUGAGAAAUUCAACAAUCAGUUGAUGAAGAAUGAAGCAAAUUUGAAAACAAACCUCGAAGUCGCUGUACAACAGCUACAGCGUUGGAGGAGUGAGUUCGAACGAGUUGUAAGGUAUGAAAGAAAUAUCCGCAGUCUUUCAGUCCAUUGGAUAGCUCUAUGUCCUUAGCUGUCCAGUAAGGUCCUUGUUGCUCAAGUCUUAAUACAGAAGGAAGUCGAAACUUUAUUUAUUGUGGACAGCUUUAUCAGUUCUGUAACUGUUCUCCUUUGAAAACAAUGUUUGCUGGUUUUUUCCACCUUUGGGAAACACGGUUAGGAAACAAUGUUUCCUGGUUUGUCCACCUUUGGGAAACACGGCUAGGAAAUAAUGAUCAAUAUAUAUUUUCCCUUCUAGUCCAGAUCAAGGCAGAGUCCAGGCACCCGGAAGAGAGCUUAUUGAAGAACUACUCAGCGAUAUGAAAGCUUGGGAAGAUAUGUGUAAUAAAGAAGCAGAGAAAUUUGUUGGAGGGAGUUUAUUAUCUUGUCAAGAUCAGCUUUAUCAUUUGUACAAGAGGGUCGAAGCUUGGACCGAUGACGCACACAAGGUACGGUUGGGUACACCUAGGUACCUUUGGGUACAGUUGGGUACACUCAGACACCUUUGGGUACACUUGGACACACUUAGGUGCCUUUGGAUACCAUUGGAUGCAGUUUGAUUUCAAGAUCGAUUUCUAGCUCAAAUUACAAUUCCAGCUCAAAUUCCAUUUACGUGUCAAUAAAUAUUCGUUUUCCUGAUCGAGACAUCAGCCGUCCUAGAUCCCUUUAUCCGUUUCAUCCGUUCUGCGCAUGUGGUUAAACCCAAUAUCUGAAGGACGAAAACGAGGCUCAAUAGCAGUACUUUCCGGAAGGGUAUAUUAUUGAGAUUUUAUUGUUUUCUUUGUCAGGUAUUUCGACGUCAUCAACAAGAUGGACAGAACGUCAGGUACAAUGAAGAAAUGUCCACCGUCAAUCAGAACGUUGAAAAACUACAUCAGCAGUUCCAAGUUCGUGCCAGUGGCGAAAAUGGCGUGGCUAAAGGAUUGAUUGAUAUGAGCAACCCCAUUGAAUCAUGGUUAGUUUUAGCAUGUGCAACCCAGCCUCUUAGCCAGGCCCUUUUCUCCGACGAGCGUUAGAUGAAAUACCUGGGUGUGAGGUUGUGUGUGACGUUGUCUAAUACAGCCGGCUGUUGUCCAUUAUUGUCGAAUAAACUGGUUUGAGAUCUAUUUUUCAGGUAGUUCAGACACAAACCACGACAGCUUAUUGUAGAAUACUACCGACACUAGCCUGCGAACAGGCCCUGGGUUACGGGCGGCGCGAAGAAUAGAGGGCCUGCACGGAACUAUAGGUUUUCUUGGUAGUGGCGUUCGUAUAGAAACGCAGGCUUCUGAUUGGCUUACACUCGUUGACAAAAUUACUAAAAAUAGCUAAUGUCAACAACAGUAUUUUGAAGAAUUUGAACUUUAUUCAUUUUAAUAUUAUAUAUUAUAAGGCUAUCGAACAAAUUAUUUGUUGAAAUAAAACUAGAAAUGGAAACCAAAAGCAAUAGCAAAGCAUCACAGCAAAAAAGUCUAUCAUAAAUGACUUGAAUCUAUCGCUUAAAUCCAAUAUACGAAACUAUAACAGUAUUCUGAACUUCGUCUUCGGAUUGACAUCAGACUAUAGUAUAGUACAUUUUGAGGUCGUCGUGGCUUCACGGAUUAUUCUCAUUAGUGAGCAAGUCAGCAAGCGAAGGCAUACAAAAGAUACCCAAAUAUGUACGAAUAAUUAUAUUGUUGAUCCUCGCUGGCAUGUCAUUUAGAUAAAUAUAUAUCGUACAUUAAACGUUGUACUAUUUACUGUAUAAACUGGUGACAAUUUCGUCGUCGAUACGGCUUCCACUAUUGGCACACUCGUGAUUUCGAAGAAAUUAAUAAAUACAUGCUCAUUUAUCAUUUAUUUAGACCACAGUUAGUAAAAUUUUAGACGUAUUCGGUAUUCCAAAUCUAUCUGACCGCAUUUUAGUAAUAGCUUCAAAUAUUCAGAACAUUGUUCUUUCAGUCGCACAUAGUACAAGUAUUACUGUACAUUCAAAGCCAAUCUGCCAAUGGUAGUAUUUUAUUCGGCUUUAUAUUUGUAUGUGUAUUGAUAUCUAUUUAAAAUUUGAAGAAUUCUAUAUUUUUCCGAGUAAUAUUUUGUGCGGCCCGCUAAUGCUUUGUAUUAUUGUUCAUAUAUACAUUAUGUAUACAUUUUAAUAUUCAGUAUUUCUUCGUUGCACAAUGUACACGCCUUGCGUCAAUUUGACAGUUGACAGUUUAUUUAUCGCAGUCGACGCUGAUUGGCUCGCGUUUAGCAGAUGCGAAAAGGGGAUGAUUGAAUAAAACGCAUGGUUCCGUGCAGGCUCACCUUUCUCCCAGUGAGCCUGUUCGCAGGCUAUACCUACACUGGACCACUACAUUUAAGAUAUCUUUUUCAGGUAGUUCACACACAAACCACGACAGCUUAUUGUAGAAUACUACCUACACUGGACCACCACAUUUAAGAUAUCUUUUUCAGGUAGUUCACACACAAACCACGACAGCUUAUUGUAGAAUACUACCUACACUGGACCACCACAUUUAAGAUAUCUUUUUCAGGUAGUUCAGACACAAACCACGACAGCUUAUGGUAGAAUAAUAUCAACAUUGGACCACUACGUUUUGGUACUUAGCUUUUCCCUAAUGUAUUCACAUGUAUCUAACUAUCCUAAAUAUACCUAGGUGUAACAAACUGCACUCGGUAGUGAAUGGAAACGAGGAGUUGUUAGAUCCAGAAUGGAUCCGACUGGCUGAUCAAGUUGGCAACGAAUGGCUAGAGAACAUGAAAGAAAUUGCAAUUCUGAUUGGCUCUUCGCUCAAGGAUGGCGAGCGUCAGGACGAGGAACUGAAAAGGAAUACAGUGGAUUUUGACCAGUUAUGCAAGGCCGGCAAACUGUGGUUGACUAACAUGACGAACUCUGUCGAGAAUGAAGAUGGGAAAUUCAUGCUGAUCGUAUGUUCUAGAAAGCUUCUAUAUUAUUUAACAAAUUUAAACAUUUUUCCGUAUUGAUAUCAACACGAGUGGAAAUUGGGAAAACGAGAAAUUGUGUGGAAACACGACGCCCGAAGGGCGGAGUGUUUUCACACAAUUUCGAGUUUUCCCAACUUCCACGAGUGUUGAUAUAACUAUAUAUCAAUACGGAAAAAUGUUUUAUAUUUUUUUUAUAAUAUAGCAAUGUCAAAAGCCCGAAGAAUAAGAAAAAUUUCCGUGUUUACAAGCGGCGGAAAAUUUCCCGUGUUGACAUGGAGUUAUAUCAACACGGCUCUUAGCCAAUCAGCGCUCAGAAUUUACAAAUACUAUAUUAUAAAACUGUAUAUCAAUGCGAAAAAAAUGUUUUAUAUUUGUUUUAUUGGUUCAGUUAUUAUCCUAAUUAGUUCCAAUUAAUUUCUUAAUUAGGUGAGCGAUCUUCACUCGACGAUGUUAAGAUGGAUGAUCACCGUCCUACUCCGUCUUGCCCCGGAUGUUGAAGACCGCGAUCUGGAGGAGAUUGGUACUGAGGAUGAUCUUAAGGGGGCUCUGGGUGGAGGAGAGAUCCUCAUGGAAUCAACCUCGCAGGAGAUCAAAACCCGGGCGGGUCGUUUAGCCGAGGACUUGAGAACGUAUUCCAAGGUGAUUAUUGUUAUGGUGAUGGUGGUGAUGAUGGUGAUGAUAAUUAUGAUGAUGCUGGUGAUGAUAAUUAUGAUGAUGAUGGUGAUGAUAAUUAUGAUGAUGAUGGUGCUGAUAAUUAUGAUGAUGAUGAUAAUUAUGGUGAUGAUGGUGAUGAUAAUUAUGAUGAUGAUGGUGAUGAUAAUUAUGAUGAUGAUGGUGAUGAUAAUUAUGAUGAUGAUGAUGAUGAUAAUUAUGAUGAUGCCUGUGAUGAUAAUUAUGAUGAUGAUGGUGAUGAUAAUUAUGAUGGUGAUGGUGAUGAUAAUUAUGAUGAUGAUGGUGAUGAUAAUUAUGAUGAUGAUGGUGAUGAUAAUUAUGAUGGUGAUGGUGAUGAUAAUUAUGAUGAUGAUGGUGAUGAUAAUUAUGAUGGUGAUGAUAAUUAUGAUGAUGAUGGUGAUGAUAAUUAUGAUGGUGAUGGUGAUGAUAUUAUGAUGAUGAUGGUGAUGAUAAUUAUGAUGAUGGUGAUGAUAAUUAUGAUGAUGAUGGUGAUGAUAAUUAUGAUGAUGAUGGUGAUGAUAAUUAUGAUGAUGAUGGUGAUGAUAAUUAUGAUGAUGAUGGUGAUGAUAAUUAUGAUGAUGAUGGUGAUGAUAAUUAUGAUGAUGAUGGUGAUGAUAAUUAUGAUGAUGAUGGUGAUGAUAAUUAUGAUGAUGAUGGUGAUGAUAAUUAUGGUGAUGAUGGUGAUGAUAAUUAUGAUGAUGAUGGUGAUGAUAAUUAUGAUGAUGAUGGUGAUGAUAAUUAUGAUGAUGAUGGUGAUGAUAAUUAUGAUGAUGAUGGUGAUGAUAAUUAUGAUGAUGAUGGUGAUGAUGAUAGUGAUGAUUAGCCUCGUACUCAGGCGCUUUGUAAUCGAUAAAAUUAAUCCACGCAGCCCACGCAAGCCAUAGAACAACACAUAGCGCCUGAGUACGAGGCUGAGUGAUGAUGGUUAGCUUAUUGGCACACUAGAAAAUGUGCAUGUACACUGGAACACUUCCAUACUGUUGAAAUUUUAUAGAAAUUGCCUAAAGAAAGUUGACGAAAAUUUUCCAGAAAAAGCGUGGAAAUUUUCUAAGAAAAUCUAGAAAACCAAAGUAUGGUACCCUUACCACCAGUUUAAAUACAUUUUUGUUCAAAGGUUAUCAAGGAGUGUUGUGGCAGUAUCGUCAUGGAAAGCAUGAUGGAAAAGAAAGAUCGUUAUGAAGAUGACGCUGAGGUGGAAUAUAAUGAUCUUAAGAGGAUAGAGAAGGAAUGCGAGGGAUGGAUAAGGACUUCUGACUUACUUGUCAAACAGGUAAGACAAUAGCCCUUACCAGCGAAACAGAAAAGAGUCAAUGCUAUGCCCAAAGUCGUGGGUUUUCUCCGGGUACUCUGGUUUCCUCCCACAGGGAAAGUUGACAGGGUGGGUUAGGAUAAACACAGUUAAGAAAGUAAUGUCACAAUUGUUGUAAAGAUAAAACAGUCUAGGCUAAGUAUGUAAUUAGGUACGCGUAACACGUGAUGUAAAGCGUAUCAUAUCCACGUGUAAAUGUGCGCUAUAGAAUUCUUACGCUAUAGACUACUCACCCUCCAGCUAUUCAAAAACAGCACUGACACUCAAGAGAAGCUCAGAUUGAACCUCCACUCUUUGUGUGUGAGUGUGCUUUUGAGAUACAGGCGUUAAUCUUAUAAAUACAUCAUUGCAGAGAAGGACGCGUAAAAUUGUAUAGAAGUUACUUGGCGUGAAAUUAAGCCGGUUGCAAAUUCUUUCAACAUGUAGGUUGUCGGAGAGCUGCCGUUGGAAGGAGUGAAAAUUGAAUCCAUCCCGACAACACCAAGAACAAGCUCAGAGGAGACAAAGAGUGGCCGUAAGGGAUCUCGACAGGAUUCAGAGGGAACAUUAAGUACAGCUAGGAGUACUCCAGUAAAGAGUGUGGACUCUGAAACAAAGGAGGGGACCCCUAGUGAUGUGGGGGGAUUAUCUGUUCCAGGUUUGUAUCUAUCCCGUGUUGUCCUAUAAGAACCACAGGUCUGGCAAUAAAAUUGGGGAUUAAGUAUCAAUAGAACUUAUGCACAAUGACGUCACAAGGCUUGAUGCCCGCGAGGAAUGCUGGUCUUAGUAGUCAUCGCCUUGACCAUUUUGAAUUGUUUAGUUUUCCCGGGCGAUGACUACUAAGACCAGCAUUCGUCGCGGGCAUCAAGCCUUGUGACGUCAUUAUGCAUAAGUCUAUUGUGUUACAAAUGAAGCGAGGACUCAACCUGUCAGGUGGAAUAAAGUCUCCGUACGGAAAUUCCCCCAGCAUGAGAUCCCACCUAAUCGGGCUGGGGUGAGAUCUCACCUAACCGGGCUGAGGUGAGAUCUCACCUAACCGGGCUGGCUCUAACAUGCAUUGACAAAGGGCAUGCACAUCUCACAGAUGUUUACAAUUUUAAUAGCAACUCCAAACAUUAUUGAAGCGGACGAGAAUUUUGUCACUGAACAAGAGGAAACUACUCAAGUUUUCUUUGAAGAGCCAAGAGCAAUCUCAACUGAAGCGAAUAAAAUGAGAGUGUUGGCUGAAGAUGAAACUGUGAGAACAACACAACUCAAAGACGGAGACAAUCAAGAGGUAUAUAAUAUAUCAUAAAGUAUAAAACAAAACACAAUCCAAAGAUUAAUACCAUAUUGAAACUCAAGAUAUAAGUCAAGA